AUGGCCCGGCUUGCCCUCUGUCUCCUGAACGUUCUCUGGGUGAUGGCUGGGAUGAGUAUCCAGACCCAAAGCUCAUGCUCCAUCUCCUCAGACCAGCUGCCCUGGGUUAACAGCCUGCAAGCACACAUGGAGAACUCAGUGUCUCUGUCAGCCUUUCCAAACCCCAGUGUCCUGAUUGCUAUGAACCUGGUUGGAGCCUAUGACCUGGAGGCCCAGAAGCUUCUGACUUACGAGCUCAUGGCCAGUGACACUGCAGACCUAACCACUGGGCAGCUCGCCCUCAACAUUAUGGCUCUCACCUCCUCCUGCCGGGACCCUGGGAGUAAAACAUCUGUUCUACAAAAACAAAUGGAAAACUGGUCACCUACAAAGCCCAAUGAUGCCACAGCCCUCUAUGGGGCCAGUCUGGCCAUCUUGGCACUGUGCCAGAAAAACCCAGAGACAACCUUACCCAUAGCCUUGGGUUUUGCCAAGCUCCUGUUGUCCAGUUCCUCUUCCUUGAAUGUGGACACAGAAGCAGUGGCCACCUUGGCCUUAACCUGCAUGUACAACAAGAUCCCUGUAGGCUCUGAUGCAAGUUACAGAAACCUGUUUAGGCAAGUGCUGAAGACUCUUGUGGAGAAUAUCAGCAGGAAGAUCAAAGACAAUGGCAUCAUCGGAGACAUCUACAGUACUGGCCUUGCCAUGCAGGCUCUCUCUGUGACACCUGAGCAACCUACCAAGCAAUGGGACUGUAAGAAGACCAUGGAUACAGUACUGGAGGAGGUUAAGCAAGGAAAAUUCGAUAACCCAAUGUCCAUUGCCCAGAUCCUUCCUUCCUUGAAAGGCAAAACAUACUUAGAUGUGCCCCAAGUGACUUGUGUCCCUGAUAAUGAGGGGCAACCAACUCUUCCCAACAAUCCUAACCCUGUUCCCACCACAGCAUCCAACAUCACUGUCACCUACACCAUCAACAACCAGCUGAGGGGUGUAGACCUGCUCUUCAAUGUGACCACUGAGGUCAGCGUGGAGACUGGGUCCACACUACUUGUCGUCCUCGAAGAAGCACAGCGUAAAAACCCCAUAUUCAAGUUUGAAACCACAAUGACAUCUUGGGGCCCCAUUGUCUCUUCUAUCAAUAAUAUUGCUGAAAAUGUUAAUCACAGGACAUAUUGGCAGUUCCUUAGCAACAAAACACCUUUGACUGAAGGGGUUGCGUAUUACAUACCCUCUGACCUGGAGCACAUCUUGGCAAAUUUCACUGAGUACUGA